GCGAGACAGCGCGUCAGAUGCGCCGCCCGGGGACGCUGCCCGUCGCGAACAACGCGUCCGGUCACCGCGCUGGCGGUGUGGCCAUCGGAACAGGUGGUGGAGGUGGCGUAGGUGGUGGUAGAGGUGUCGUGGACGACGGUACGGCGUCGUUGACCGCCACGCCGAUCGACGGCCUCGCCGGCGGUGGGCGACCGCACUACUCCAAUCACUCGCUGCGCCGUACGCCGCAUUCGCAGCCGCAGCUCACCUCCAGGGAGACGGACGAACGGCUGCGAAUCGAGUCCGGUCUGCAGAACGGCAUCAUACCGGCCGGUCGCCAUCACCCGUCGCCGCCGCCCCUGCCCUCCAGGCAUCAGCCUUCCUGCGGCCAGUCGUCGUACCCUACGCUGCCGGUGAACGGCCACGCCGCUCAUCACUAUCAUCAUCACGCGAGGGAGCGCGAGAAGGACAGAUCGUCCACUCGCGAGAGAAACCGCGAGCGAGACGCCGGUCCGCCGCCGCCGCCGCCGCCACCGCCGUCGUCGUUGUCGUCGUUAUCGGUAGCGCAGCAUCGCUCGGACAAGCACAGGGAGCCGCAGCUGGAGAUGGAGUUGCGCGACAGCCUCGAUCUGGGCGGUAUCGGGACGUACCGAGCGUAGACGAUGACGGUGGUGACGAUGACGACGAUGACGACGAUGACGAUGAGCUCAUCGGUGAACACGUUGUCUCGCUGAGACAAGACGGAAGACGAGAGGUCUAUAGAGGUCUAUAGAGACGACCACGUAUCCGCGAUCUCUCCGCCGUGUUGUUCCGGCGGGGAGAUUCGCGAGCGAGAAGAGUCGACGACGAGCGGCGGGCUGAGCGGAAGACGAAGAGACCGUAGUUGCGACCGUAGGGAAAAGACCAGCGAACGUUCCCGUCGUUGUGAAGUACGACGAGGGAAAGGAAGAGCAACCGGCGGAGCUGAGCCGAGCGAAAAGCAAGAGGAACGUGAAGGCAGGAGGAAGACCGAGUAUAGCAUCGGCGAACGUCGACGAAGGAAGGAUAUCAGGAAGCGAGCGAGAGCGCACCGAGAAGCGAAAGUAGCGAAGCGCCAGCCGGCGACCGUCGACCCGCCUCCCCGCGUCGCUGUGAUAGCGCAGUCUGCGAAAUCCAUUCCGCGCAGGAUCACUAUCGAGACAGACACCGGCAUUGUCCCGGAGCCCGAGCGUCGCCGACGACGCGACGACGUCGAUUUCAGCCGUGGGAGUCCCUGGAGGCUGACUACUCGGGAGAGACGCCACGCUGAGCGGCGUGCCCGGACCAAGUAGCCGGGACGCGAACGACUCUCUUUACCAGUCGCGCGGAUUACGCUCCCACGCCUCUGGGAUGCUUUCCUCGAGUUCCAUUCUUUUUCCGUGUCGCCGUCUCUAUGUUGUUCGAGACCCUCCAAACUUCGGCACUCAUACUUAAUUUUACGUACAACGGUAAUAUCGAGAGAGAGAGAGAGAGAGAGAGAGAGAGAGAGAGAGAGAGAGAGAGAGAG